AUUGAAAUGCAGAACUCUAGCCUCUUUCAUCGGGGCACAGACUUCCUUUUACUCCUUCCUUCUGCGCUCUCGCCGCCUCCUCCCGGGAAGAAGCGGAGGCACCGGCUGCCUGGGGCAGCGACAAGCCGGGCCACUGAGGCUGUGCGAAAAGUUUCUUUUUGGGAGUUCGGAACUGGGGCCCGGUUGGUGUACUGCUCGGAGCAAUGGAGCCAGCCUUUGGGGAGGUGAACCAGCUGGGAGGAGUAUUCGUGAACGGGAGGCCGCUGCCCAACGCCAUCCGGCUUCGUAUCGUGGAACUGGCCCAACUGGGCAUCAGACCGUGUGACAUCAGCCGCCAGCUACGGGUCUCGCACGGCUGCGUCAGCAAGAUUCUGGCGCGCUACAACGAGACUGGCUCGAUCUUGCCAGGAGCCAUUGGGGGCAGCAAGCCCCGCGUUACCACCCCUACCGUGGUGAAGCACAUCCGGACCUACAAGCAAAGGGACCCUGGCAUCUUUGCCUGGGAAAUCCGGGACCGCCUGCUGGCGGACGGCGUGUGUGACAAGUACAACGUGCCCUCGGUGAGCUCCAUCAGCCGCAUCCUGCGCAACAAGAUCGGCAACUUGGCUCAACAGGGCCAUUACGACUCAUACAAGCAGCACCAGCCCGCGCCACAGCCGGCGCUGCCCUAUAACCACAUCUACUCGUACCCCAGCCCCAUCACGGCGGCCGCAGCUAAGGUGCCCACGCCGCCCGGGGUGCCUGCCAUCCCCGGCUCGGUGGCGAUGCCCCGUACCUGGCCCUCCUCCCAUUCCGUCACCGACAUCCUGGGCAUUCGCUCUAUCACCGACCAAGGCGUGAGCGACAGCUCCCCCUACCACAGCCCCAAGGUGGAGGAGUGGAGCAGCCUGGGCCGGAACAACUUCCCCGCCGCCGCCCCGCACGCGGUGAACGGGCUGGAGAAGGGAGCCCUGGAGCAGGAAGCCAAGUACGGUCAGGCACCAAAUGGUCUACCAGCUGUCAGCAGUUUUGUGUCGGCAUCCAGCAUGGCUCCUUACCCUACCCCGGCCCAGGUGUCGCCUUACAUGACCUACAGCGCCGCUCCUUCCGGUUAUGUGGCUGGACACGGGUGGCAACAUGCCAGCGGCACCCCACUGUCCCCCCACAACUGUGACAUUCCCGCAUCGCUGGCGUUCAAGGGAAUGCAGGCAGCCAGAGAAGGUAGUCACUCUGUCACGGCUUCUGCACUCUGAUGGGAAAUUCUGUCCGCACCGCAGCUUCACCCCGUCUCCCUCAGCCUACCCUCCCCCUCUUCCCUGGUCUCAGAUCCCAGCCCUCCUGCCCUCCGCCCCCCAAAGCUGGCUUACGGACUCAAACCCAUUGUGCUGAUGACACUUAAAUAUUUCUUGCCAUAACUUCUCUCUUACAGAAAGCCUGACAUGACUUUAGGAUUUGAAAACAAAAGCAAUCUUAAGGAUUGAAUGAGACAUUUGUGUUGCCCACACACUGUUUUAACGUAGCAAAGAAACCUGCACCCCUCAAAGGGCUUAAGGAACUUUUAAAACUAGUCUUUGGUAAAACCACAUGUGUAUAUUUAUUCUAAAUCAACCUGAACUUUUGAAACGUGCAAUUGUUGAGAUUUUGCAAAAUCAAUAAAGGAAAAUACAUAGAGAAAAGAAGUUAUGCUACACCCUCUAAUCAAAUAAGGUGACCAAAUAAGCCUUAAUUCAUCAUUAGGAAACUAAUCAAUAAUUGACUUGAGUGAUGCUUUGUUUAUUCUUAAGAGAUGACCUAUUUUGUUGGAAAAUAUAAUUGUAACACAAGCAA